AUGCCAAUCGGUUCCGAAGCAUUCUGGCAACAUCUGGACUCUGUCGAGCAGCUGAAGUCAACCAUCUCGGAUAACGUUGAUUGGCUAAGCAAUGUUGAGGUCAAUGACAAACGCGACGCCGCGUACAUCAAGCUGGCAAGCGCCUUGCUUGUUGCAUUUCGAACCCCUUCACUGCAAUCGAGAAAAGUUGCUCAUCACGUCGGCGUCUGCAUGCACCACAGUGCGCUAUAUUUACACAAAGCCGUCACCAGCAAUGCCUCACUGCAGUGUUGAGAGCACCGAAUCCCUCGGCCUCGUCUCCAACAUUGUGAUUCAGGAGCUCUUUCCUACGCAAGCCAGUUCCGGAGUCUUCACCAAUCGCAACAGCCGCGGCCAAGCUCGAAUCUUCUUCUUGAAUGGUCACCGGGUCGUCAGCUGCCAUGACACUUACAACUCGAGCAUGCAGACCGUUGAGCCCCCAGCUGGUUUUGGCUUCGACGGCCACACUUGGCGAGUCCUGGACCCACAGGCGCAAGCGCGAUAUUACCAGCUGCAAAGCUUCAAAGGGGUCCUUGUAGCGUCGUUGGCCCCGAUUCGAAAGGGACUUGCGCAUGCUGGCAAGGAGAGGGGUAUUAAUGCAGACGGAGGGAGCGGAGCCGAUAAGCGGUCGGGAUCUUCGCAGGGUCCAAGCGGCCGGCUGUCAAAGCGGACGCGACGUUAG